ACAAAACAGUUGUUGUGAUGGAGUGGCGUGAGCAGUCCACGGUCAGCUGCGAUGAAGCCUACUUGGAGGCGCAGAGAUGGAUCGAGGCAGUAACCAAGAAAAAAUUUGGGAGCAGCGACUUCCGAUCAGCGCUUGAGAACGGCGUGCUGCUGUGUGAUCUGAUCAACGGCAUCAAACCCGGGAUCAUCCGGCGGGUCAACAGGCUGCCCACGCCUAUCGCUGGACUGGACAACCUGAACGUCUUCCUCAGGGCCUGCGGCAAACUCGGACUAAAAGAAGCACAACUCUUUCAUCCCGGUGAUCUCCAGGAUCUAUCUACCAGAGUCACUGUCAAAGCUGAAGAGACCAGCCGCAGACUCAAAAAUGUGCUGAUCACCAUUUACUGGCUGGGAAGAAGGGCUCAGUGCGACCCUGUGUAUAAUGGACCUUACUUAAACUUGAAGGCGUUUGAGGGAUUGUUGGGCACAGCACUGUACAAGGCUCUACACGAGUCGUCAUCCACUCCCCAAAAAGAUAACAGUAUAUUGCGAGACAGUGGUUUUGGAGAGAGCUGGUACUCAGAACAAGAAGAUCUACAUCAUUUUCGAGGUGGAGGAGGGGGGCACAGGAGAGACGACUCCCUGGACAGUUUAGACUCCCUGGGAUCUCGACCGCACAGCAUCUCAUCGGAUAUCAAAGGCAGCAGUGAGGGGUUUUGCAGUGACACUGAGCAAGACCUAGGCUUCAGGAUGACUGACAGGGAUAAUCUGAGUUACCGGCGUUCAGCUGUGGUCGCGCCUAAGACGACCACACAGUUUAACCAGUUUCUGCCUUCCAAGGACAAGGCUACAGGCUAUGUGCCAGCUCCACUGAGGAAAAAACGUGCAGAGCGUAAUGACGACAAUCGUCGCAGCUUGACAAGCCCCUACAUAGAAGAGGAAGCACCUCUCACCAGCCAGCUUCCAGGAGAGGACAGUCUCGACGGGAGCAAAUCGACCAGUGAUAUUGACAUGGAGCAGAGCAUUGCGAGACAGGUCCGCUACGAGGAGCUGCAGAAAUAUCGGGAGGCCAUCAAGCAAAGUGAUGAUAAGUGGCAAGAUGAUCUAAGUAAAUGGAAGUCUCGCCGCAAAAGUGUCAACUCUGAUAUCGUGAAGAAAAAAGAGGAGCGGGAGAAGAUAGAGGAGAUCACGUACGGCAGUAAUAGGAAGUCAAAGACCUUCAAGGAGAUGCAAGAGGACAGAGAGAACAAACGGCAGAGCUUAGGCAGUCGACUGGGAUCGUUAUCGUUCGGGGAUGACGAGGAUGUGUUUGACAGAUCUGUCUCGACCCAACGUGCCCGUUACGGCAGGAGCAACACCAUUGACACUCCUCGUUACUCCUCUUCUUCAUACUCCAGGCCUGUUUUGAAAGACGAAGAGCCAUCACCAGCCUCCACAGCCACUGGUAGAGCGUCUUCUCCUACGCCCUCCAAAGAAACAGUGAACAGUGACACCGUACCUUCCACUAUUACUUCUACAAGAUACAGUUCAUACCAGCGCUCCCCAUCCCCACCAGCUACGCAGCCUAGUAGACUACAAACAGUGGAAACAGAGAAGACGACAACAACCACCACCUCCACCUCGCUAAAGUCCGAGCCGAGAGCGCAGGAGCCAAAGAGCCUAUUGUUACCAUCCAAAACUGAGGUGCCCUCUGUUGAAUCCCAGUUCAAAAGGCCACAGCAGCAGAUCCCAAUGGAACCCAAGCCUCCAGUGGUGUCUCGAGUUUCCGCCUCCCUGCCCAGGACCUACCAGGGAUUGGAUAGCGCGCGGCUAACGUCAGUUAUCGCACCGAGGCCCUUUGGAACCCAAGCAACCCGUCUCUCCUCACUGCCACGAGCCAAUACAACGGAUGCCUCAGUUAAACCUUUGAAUGGAGACACUUCUAAGAAAUCGUCAGUUCCGAGCCGUUAUCAUCAGUUCAUGACCUCCGAAGACGAGGCCCAGUCAAGCUCCGCCCACAGCAGUGAUGAAGAGGAGGAGGAAGAGGAGGUGGAGGACAGCGCGAAGAAGAGCAGCACAUCACCUACUCCUGCGGAAACCAAGAGUGAAACUGCAGUUCGCCCUGCUCCAGUUAAAGACAACAGUGAGGAGGACUUCUGUGAGAUGAGGAUAAGCCUGAACCAGAAACCCAACAGCAGCAGAGACUUUGGCUUCCAGGCAGCUUGGGACUCAACAGGUGCACGAGUCACAACCAUCGCGCCAGGAAGCCCAGCAGAAAUGUGCCAGCUUCAGACCGGAGACGAGGUGCUGACAGUCAAUGGGCACCAGGUGGCAGGCAUGAGCUACACGUCCUGGAAGACCCACAUAGAGGAGGCUUUGCAGGAGGGCAGUCUGGUCAUGGAUAUAAAGCGUCACGGCAAGAACAACUGGAACAGAGACCAAACUUCCCUGCCAUAUAAAAGCCAUAAGACCAUCAAUCUGACAAGUACGGAUCAUCCACUACUUCUAGGUGCCCCUGACGCUAAGACGGUCAGCUCCAGUUUGGAUUUUACUUCACACAUCUCCGCCAAGCCAGAGCCGGUCAAAGACACCUUCACACACCAAGUUAUCGACGUGGCCUCCAAUGGACUUAAUGGCAAUCUCUGGAAUGAGCCAGUGACCAUGAGGAACAAAGACUCAGAACCAAUAUCUUUGAAAAACUUAAAACGAAGAUCUGAGUUUUUUGAACAAGGAGGAUCAGACCCUGUAAUGCCAGACAUACCUGUUCCUCCAAUCACUACAACCUCCAGCCGCUGGUCCUUCGACCCUGAAGAGGAGAGAAAAAGACAAGAGAAAUGGCAAAAGGAGCAAGAUCGCCUCCUACAGGAAAAAUAUAAACGUGAUCAAGAAAAACUGCAGGAAGAGUGGCUCAAAGCUCAGCAGGAGAUAAGCAGCACUCAGAACCAGCAGCAGCCCGCGAGCUUGGACGUGAACAACCAGAGCACGGGUCCUCGCUCCCCCCUGUUGCCCGUCAGCCAGCCCCUCAGCUCUCUGUGGGAGGAGCAGGAGAGGGAGAGGAAGGAGGAGCAGGAGCGGCGAAGACAGGCCGAAGAACGAGAGCUUCAGCGUCUGAGAGAGGAGAGGCUGAGGAGGGAGCAGCAGGAGGAGGAGGAGAGGAAAAGGCGGGAGGAGGAGGAGAUAGAGAGGAAGAGGAGGAUAGAGGAGGAAGAGAGGGAGCGGAAGAGGAGGGCGGAGGAGGAGAGGAGGAGAGAGGAGGAAGAGAGGGAGAGGAGGAGAGCGGAGGAAGAGAGGAUUAGACAGGAGGAAGUGAGGAGGAGAGAGGAGGAAGAGAGGGAGAGGCGGAGGAGGGCGGAGGAAGAGAAGAGGAGACAGGAGGAAGUGAGGAGGAGGAGAGCGGAGGAAGCAGCAGAACAACUACGCAGAGAGAGAGAGAGAAUCCUGGAGAUACAGCAGCGGCAACAGCAGCAGCAGCAGCAGUGGGCCGGUGGCUUCCAUGCCCGGCCGACAAUGACGUUUGCAGACAGCAGGACACGAUCCAAGUCUUCUCCUCAGCUUGAUGAUGAGCAAAGAACUCAGCCGAGAGGUGUGUCUGGGCAGCCAGGGGGCAUAGCUCACUGGUUACUGCAGGAGCGGACCGGAGAGCGCUAUAAACAGGCUCAGAGUCAAAGAGCAGCAUCAGAGCUGGAGAUGGAGAGAAGGGAAAUUCUGAGUGCUAUGAAACAUAGGCAGCCUGAGAAAGUGAUGGGGAAUAUGGUGGCUCAGAAGUAUCAACAGUCGGCAUCGCAGGCCGAGCUGGAGCGACAGCAGAUUCUCAACGAGAUGAAGAAGAAAACCCCUUUGCUGACGGACAACAGCUGGAUCAGGCAACGCUCUUCCACCACCACCACCAGCAGCACGGAGCAUGAGGUGGCCCCUAUGCGCAGAGGUGAAUCUCUUGACAACCUGGAUUCCCACAACUAUAACUCCUGGCGUUCUUCGUGGACACCUAGGACCAACUCUCAAAUCCCACACUACUUGCGGCCUCAGUCUGCCAUGUCGGGUAGCACUUCCUCUUAUGGUGGCUGGUCAGGUGGUCUUCCUCGCUCCUCCACUCUGCCCUCUUCAUCCUCUCUGAGCUCCCUGCGAGGCGGGGCAGGAACCCCCUCGGUCCCUUGGUCCCGACAGACACCCUCCCCCUCACUGUCCUCUCCGUCACCCACCACAUCUCCAGAGCCACUGGCCGACUCUCAGCAGAGGAACAGGUCAGUGAGUGGCAAGAAAAUCUGUACAUACUGUGACACUCCGCUGGGGAAGGGAGCAGCCAUGAUCAUCGAGUCAUUGGGGCUUUGUUAUCAUUUGGGCUGUUUUAAGUGUUUCGAUUGUGGGUCGAACCUUGGUGGAUCAGAAAUCGGCGCCGAAGUCAGAAUACGAAAUAAACACUUGUACUGCAACAACUGCUAUGUGCGAUUCAAAACCGCCCAACCCACUUCCAUGUGACGUGACUGUACUUCAACAAAUCGAUGAAGAGACUACUUAAGAUAAUAACCCACACAAUUGAAGCCAUAACUAAUAUCUCAGACAUAAGAGUAAUUUUGUAAGUUUACAUCUGCAUCUUUAUUUUUUAUCUAAAGGGUAAGCUUGCUAAGUUGUUAUCUGCUUUUCGGCUUUAAAAGUAUUAAGAUGUAUAAAAUAGUGUGCAUGUAUCAGAGAUUUUAGCAGGCUAACCUUUCUAGCAAUAAACUAUGUUAUAAUAUCAAAUUCUACAGAUAUUUUAAAAUCAAUUAGUUUACAAAAAGGUGAGAUUAUUUUGUCUGCUAUGCAUCUCCAUUCCAUUAUGGUAUUAAUAUUUUUGUUGACCAAGAUGUUGUAAAGUUUAUGUGCCUUUUGUCUAAACAGGGAAAACAGUUGUUGAAACAUAUAUUAAACAUGUCCUUUGACUGUCUGCACUUGCUUUUCACUGAUUAAGAAAAGAUUGUCUGUUUUUUCAUGUAAAGAACAUAUCGUACUGAAACAAGGCGAAAUUAUUCAUUUGUAAAUAAAACGGCUAAAUGUUCA